CAUUUCAGCUAAAGCGUGAACAUUGGCAGCUAUGGAUCCGUGCGCGCAACAUCCAGCGCGCUCCAUGCGUCUCUCAUCCAGCCCCCCUCAUUUCAGCUCAAAUGUCACGUCACUCCUGCUUCUUCUCAAACCAGUUUCAUGCUGGGGACCAGGCACCUGCCCUCAUCUGGACUUUAGCCUACCUCUUCUGGACUUUUGCAAAGCCAGAUCGUUUUCAAAUGGAGAUCUGUUUGACGUUAUAUCGUCUCUGAAGUGGAAAAAGGCCCGAUUUGAACGUACAAUCUAAAGUAGCAUAUGUUUGGAAGGAUUAUAUCGCACACUUUGCACGAUGACUGCGAUGGGAAUUUGGUGCGUUUUAUGGCUCCCCACAUUCGCUCUCACUUCAGCCGCUCCGAAUUCAAACCAGCGACUUCUGGAGAAGACGACUGAACAGAACCACACUUUGCAAGUUGAAAGAGACAACCAAGAAAAUAUAUUAAGUCAGCUGCUGGGUGAUUAUGACAAAGUGAAAGCGCUUGCGGAAGGCUCUGACUGUGGCUGUAAAUGUGUUGUCAGACCUCUGAGCGCGAGCGCGUGCCAGCGGAUCCGGGACGGUCACGCGACGCCUCAGGAUUUCUAUACGGUGGAGACCAUCACAUCAGGACCCCACUGCAAAUGCGCAUGCAUUGCCCCUCCGUCGGCUUUAAACCCCUGUGAGGGCGACUUCCGGUUGAAGAAGCUGCAACAGGCUGGGAAAGAUAAUAUUAAGCUGUCAACUAUACUGGAAUUGCUGGAGGGUUCCUUCUAUGGCAUGGAUCUAUUGAAAUUGCAUUCAGUCACUACAAAGCUUCUUGAUCGCAUGGACACUAUGGAAAAAAUGGUCUUAAACAACCAGACCGAGGAGAAGUCGAACACAAUGAGCACCUCUCCAAAUCCACAGCUGCCCACGUCUUCACCUGCAACUCUGCCUCCACAGCUGCAGGAGAAGAGGACGAGUCUGAAGGAGCAGAAUGAAGAGGCAGCUGCUUUUCAGCACAAGGAGAGUAAAUAUGAGGAAAAGUUUGUGGGAGAUCUUCUGAAGAGAAGCGGAUCAGACCUAAACAAGGCCGUCGCAGCUUUGCAAGAACAAGAGCGCCAAGGAAGGGAGAAGCAACCAAAAAUAAUUGUUAAGGGGAUCACAUACUAUAAAUCUGACCCAGUGGAUGAGACAAACACAGAGGAGAACUUCGAUGAUAAUCACAGUGGUGACAGCCCAAUUGAUCUCUUUGCCGAUGAGCAGUUCCUUCAUCACAAAGCUCGCCACUUCAGGCCGAUCCUCAAAGCGUGGUCUGUCCGACCAAAACCAAAGAGUGAAGUUUCAAAAGGGGGAGAUGCACGAAAUGGUCAUCAAACUCAAUUUACUGGACUGUUGGGCUCUGCCUUGCAGAUUAAAACCCCUAUUGAACCAGUAUCUGUUCAAACUGAAACCAGUCGUUCCACCACAGACAACUCUAAAGGAGAUGAAAGAACCACAGCGACACUUACUGUGAUGGAUAAUUUGAAGGUCACCAUCCCCAAGGAACAUACUAACCCUCAAACCAUCAUCAAAAAAAUGGAGGCAAGCAACGUGGAGCCCUCAACUCCAUCUGUAAAACAAGCUCAAAACAUGUUGGUCAGGUCAUUCAAUCUGGGCCACAUAAAAACAAAUGAGUCAGCCACAGCAGCUGCUGCUAAAGUGGUGGCUGCACAGCCAAACCUAUCAGAGAUUACCACCAAUGGGACUAUUAAAAAACAAACAUAUGUAUCUUCUCUGACUGAAAGUGGAAUUGUGAACAAGGGAAAUCUGAAAGAAAAUGCUUCUCACACUGGUAAACCUCCAUUUUCAAUGGAGAGCUUAACUCAAAGCACAUUUAGGGGAAUAACAUCAUUACCAACUCCUCAUUCGGACACUUUAACAGUCACAGAAAGCUCACUGGGAUCAGCUGCUCACACAAGAGCUGCUACCACCAUUGUGAAGUCACCUCAUGUCACUGAAAGCAAGGCAGACUCAGUUACCUACUUACCCAAGAUGACUCCUAAACAGACAUUAACCUCAGUGUCAUCUUUGAGGACCACUAAAAAAACUACCACAGCAACAACAACAACUACUACUACAACCACAAGCAAACCUGGCAAACGCAAAUAUAGCAUAAGCUGGGAUGAAGAGGAAGAGGUAGUGGUAGAGGAGGAAAUGGAAGGAGUGAAAGCCGUAAAAACUAUGGUGGAAAAGAGUGUGGGAGAGGAACCUCAAAGGAAGCCAGGAAUGUGUAAAGACACCUUGGCCACAAUCUCAGAGCCUGUCACACACAAUUCAUACGGUCGAAGCGAGGGCGCUUGGAUGAAGGAUCCACUGGCUCAAGAUGACAAGAUCUAUGUCACAAACUAUCAUUACGGCAACAACCUACUGGAAUUCCGCAACAUGGAUGUCUUCAAACAAGGCCGCUUCACUAAUUCCUACAAGCUGCCUUAUAACUGGAUCGGCACUGGCCACGUGGUCUACAAAGGUGCUUUCUACUACAACCGCGCAUUCUCACGAGACAUUAUUAAGUAUGACCUGCGGUUGCGUUACGUGGCUGCCUGGACCAUGCUCCAUGACGCAGUGUUUGAUAAUGACGACGUGUCUACAUGGAGAUGGAGAGGAAACUCGGAAAUGGAUCUGGCCGUCGACGAAAGCGGGCUUUGGGUGAUCUACCCAGCGCUGGACGACGAGGGCUUCUUGCAGGAAAUGAUCGUCUUGAGCCGCCUGAACCCCAAUGAUUUAAGCAUGAAGCGUGAAACCACAUGGAGGACCGGGCUCCGACGCAAUCGUUACGGUAAUUGCUUCAUCGUAUGCGGCGUUCUUUACGCGACAGAUAGCUACAAUCAGCACGAUACUAAAUUGUCCUAUGCCUUUGACACCCACACCAACACUCAGGUGAUCCCUCACCUGCCUUUCAGCAACAACUAUACUUACAUCACUCAGAUCGAUUACAACCCCAAAGAGAGGGUGUUGUACGCCUGGGAUAACGGACAUCAAGUCACUUAUAAUAUUCAGUUUGCAUAUGUAGACCCACUGUAGACCCUAACGGCAGAGCAAGUACAUCCUUUGCACAAAAUAGAAGAAACCAUAAAUGUGUUUAAGUGGAUUGUGGAUCAGUUCACUCAGCUUUUCUUAACUUGAUGUAGUUUAAUGUACUUGCUGUAAUGUUUUCAUAGUGUAAAAAUUGACUUGUAUUGUUACAUUUAUGGCGGAAACAAAGGAACUUGUUGUAAACUGAAUUUCUUAACACCCCUACACUGCAGCUAUAUGAGCUUUGCGGUUUACACUGAUGGCCAUUUCUUUAGAUAUUGUCGCUUGCUUUUGCACUAGGAAUCAAAGCUCUUUAUGUGUAUAGCUAUACCUCUCGUACGACUGGCAGAAUUAUGAAGAAGUUUUUAGGUGUUGUAUUCUUAAAUCCAUUAGGAUACAUUGUAUAUACUGUAAUAUAAAAGCUAAAACAUGGAAUUGAUGAAUGUAAAAAAUACAGUUUGUAUUUUCAUAAGCAUAUCUCUUUUUUUUAACAAACUAUCACUUGGAUAUAAAAAAAGUUGUAUCAUUUCAGUAGAACACGAGUAGACAGUGUUUUGGGCACAUUUUCAUUGUGGUGUUUUUCAUCAGCACAUUUGAAGUUUUUUUUUUUAAUUCUAUAUUGUUGGUAUUCUUUUUGUGCAUACUUUUUUUGCAAUUUCAUUUGAAACUCUUUUAGCACUUGUGAAAUUCAAAUCUCUGUCUGACUCAGAAAAUUGCUGCAAUAAAAUGAGUUGAAAUAAGA